AUGAUUGAGAAAUUUGGCCUUCGUGAUUCAAAGGUUUUUCGGACUCCUUUAGGACAACAGGAUAAGCUAUCCAAGGAUGAUGAUGGGAAGAUUGUUGAUCAGAAACUGUACAGAAGUAUAAUCGGGAGUUUGUUGUAUCUGACUGCUAGUCGCCCAGAUAUUUCUUUCAGUGUUGGCAUAUGUGCAAGGUUCCACUCAGCUCCUAAGGAAUCUCAUCUGAAGGCUGCAAAGAGAAUUCUCAUAUAUGUCAAAGGAACAGCUGAACUUGGGCUGUGGUACUCGAACAGAUCCAGUCUUGAUCUUAUUGGAUUCACAGACUCAGAUUGGGCUGGAUGUUGCGAUGAUAGGAAAAGCACAACUGGUGGAUGUUUCUACAUCGGGGACAAUAUUGUGAGUUGGAGUUCGAAGAAACAAAAUUCAAUUGCACUAUCCACUGCUGAGGCUGAGUACAUUGCUGCAGGGAGCUGUUGUGCUCAAUUGUUGUGGAUUCGACAGAUGCUGCAUGAUUAUGGUAUUGUUCAAGAUUCAUUCACUCUAUUCUGUGACAACACAAGUGCUAUUAAUAUCUUCAAGAAUCCAGUUCAGCAUGGGAGGACAAAGCAUAUCAACAUUCGAUAUCAUUUCAUUCGAGACUUGGUAGAAAAUGGGGUGUGA